CACACUCUCUUCUAGUGCCUCCGGAGGCCUCAGUUUUGCGGGGGAGAAGGAGAUUGCGCAGGCGCGGAGCAGCCGACGUGGCCGCAGGGGACUGUGCCUGGGGGGGUCUGCGCGAAACCGCUGACUCGCGAGGUUCUCUGUCGCCUGCCGCCCUCGCUCCUUUUCUCCCCUUCUACAGUGUUACGGUGACUCUUGGGUUCGAAGGGGACGGACGUCCUCCCACGUACCAUUUAGAGAGUCAUCUUAGUGGGAUUUGGGGAAGCAACAGGGCUGUGUGGGGUAACCUGCCACCUUUAAGUGGAAAUCAGAAAUGGAGCAAGAGCCACAAAAUGGAGAACCUGCUGAAAUUAAGAUCAUCAGAGAAGCAUAUAAGAAGGCCUUUUUGUUUGUUAACAAAGGUCUGAAUACAGAUGAAUUAGGUCAGAAGGAAGAAGCAAAGAACUACUAUAAGCAAGGAAUAGGACACCUGCUCAGAGGGAUCAGCAUUUCAUCAACAGAGUCUGAACACACAGGCCCUGGGUGGGAAUCUGCUAGACAAAUGCAACAGAAAAUGAAAGAAACACUACAGAAUGUACGCACCAGGCUGGAAAUUCUAGAGAAGGGUCUUGCCACUUCUCUACAGAAUGAUCUUCAGGAGGUGCCCAAGUUAUAUCCAGAAUUUCCACCUAAAGACAUGUGUGAAAAAUUACCAGAGCCUCAGUCUUUUAGUUCAGCUCCUCAGCAUGCUGAAGUAGAUGGAAACACCUCAACUCCAAGUGCAGGGGCAGUUGCUGCGCCUGCUUCUCUCUCUUUACCAUCCCAAAGUUGUCCAGCAGAAGCUCCUCCUGCUUAUACUCCUCAGGCUGCUGAAGGUCACUACACUGUAUCCUAUGGAACAGAUUCUGGGGAGUUUUCAUCAGUUGGAGAAGAGUUUUAUAGGAAUCAUUCUCAGCCGCCGCCUCUUGAGACUUUAGGGCUAGAUGCAGAUGAAUUGAUUUUGAUACCAAAUGGAGUACAGAUUUUUUUUGUAAAUCCUGCAGGGGAGGUUAGUGCACCUUCGUAUCCUGGGUACCUUCGAAUUGUGAGGUUUUUGGAUAAUUCUCUUGAUACGGUUCUAAACCGUCCUCCCGGGUUUCUUCAGGUUUGUGACUGGUUGUAUCCUCUAGUUCCUGAUAGAUCUCCAGUUCUGAAAUGUACUGCAGGAGCCUACAUGUUUCCUGAUACAAUGCUGCAAGCAGCAGGAUGCUUUGUGGGGGUCGUCCUGUCCUCUGAGUUACCAGAGGAUGAUAGAGAGCUCUUUGAGGAUCUAUUAAGGCAAAUGUCUGACCUUCGGCUCCAGGCCAACUGGAACAGAGCAGAAGAAGAAAAUGAAUUCCAAAUCCCUGGAAGAACUAGACCCUCCUCUGACCAACUAAAAGAAGCCUCGGGCACUGAUGUGAAACAGUUGGACCAAGGCAAUAAGGAUGUACGUCAUAAAGGAAAACGUGGAAAAAGGGCUAAAGAUACUUCAAGUGAAGAAGUUAACCUGAGUCACAUUGUACCAUGUGAGCCAGUUCCAGAAGAAAAAUCAAAAGAAUUACCUGAAUGGAGUGAGAAAGUGGCUCACAACAUUUUGUCAGGUGCUUCCUGGGUGAGUUGGGGUUUAAUCAAAGGUGCUGAGUUUACUGGCAAAGCAAUCCAGAAAGGUGCUUCUAAACUCCGAGAGCGGAUUCAACCAGAAGAAAAACCUGUGGAAGUUAGUCCAGCUGUCACCAAGGGACUUUAUAUAGCGAAGCAAGCUACAGGAGGAGCAGCAAAAGUCAGUCAGUUCCUGGUUGAUGGAGUUUGCACUGUAGCAAAUUGCGUUGGAAAAGAACUAGCUCCACAUGUCAAGAAGCAUGGAAGCAAACUAGUUCCAGAAUCUCUUAAAAAAGACAAAGAUGGGAAAUCUCCUCUGGAUGGUGCCAUGGUUGUAGCAGCAAGUAGUGUUCAAGGAUUUUCAACUGUUUGGCAAGGAUUGGAAUGUGCAGCUAAAUGCAUUGUUAACAAUGUUUCAGCAGAAACUGUACAAACUGUCAGAUAUAAAUACGGGUAUAAUGCAGGAGAAGCUACCCACAAUGCGGUGGAUUCUGCAGUCAAUGUUGGCGUAACUGCCUACAAUAUUAACAACAUUGGUAUCAAAGCAAUGGUGAAGAAAACUGCAACACAAACAGGACACACUCUCCUUGAGGACUAUCAGAUAGUUGAUAAUUCUCAGAGGGAAAAUCAAGAAGGAGCAGCAAAUGUCAACGUGAGAGGGGAGAAGGAUGAGCAGACGAAGGAAGUAAAGGAGGCAAAGAAGAAAGAUAAAUGAUGGAGUGCUGGGAAUCACCUAUACCAAAGCCUUAUGAAAUGGAUGAAAUUUUGUUAUGUAAGCAAAUGUGGAAUUCCUCACAGAUUAACCAGUAUUUUUUAAAUGUAUUCAUUCCUACAAAUUAACUUUCAUAAAUUUUAUGGCAUGUCUUCUAUUUAAAAGGAAAAGAAUAAGUAUUCUUGCAUCUGGCCUUAGAAAUGUGAAGUAAUAUUCUCAAGUUUAUUUUUUCCAAGUGUAGCUGAAAUAUUUUUGCAGGUAAAAUAAAGCUAAUAAUGUGCUAUUUAGACCUUAUUAAACCUAAUGUUGAACUAUUUUUAUAUGUGCUAUAUUUCAGAAAGCAAAUUAGGAAACUAUAUAUUUGCUUAAAAAUUGGCAUUUAGUAACCUUAAUUCUUUUUAUAGAAGGCUUAAAGUAUUGUCUCCUCUUUUUGCACUAAGUGUGGAUUUUUUUAGAUGCUUCUCAAAAUUUUCAGUGUGUAAGCUAAACCUAAUCCUAAACUAAGAAUUCUCAAAAAGACUUGUUCAAAACGGAAAGACUGAUGAAAAGUAAAAUGGACUACUUUUGUAACUUACCUGUUUGUUAGGAAAUGGAAUGGUCUUUUUGAUUUAAAAUGAAUAAAAAUAGAUUAUUACAUCUUUUGUAUUGAGACCGAUUGUUCUCUUAUGAGCCUAGGACAUUUGGGAACAUGAUUGUUUUGUAUUAAAAUUCAAAGUGAUUAUUAUCAGCUUAAUUGGAUUAAAAAAGUACUUCAAGAAAUUAUUUAAUCAUAUCUGCUUCUGUUUUUCCAAAAGGUUAAAACUUGUAAAAAAAAAAAUAUAUAUAUAUAAACAGAAUUGAGUUUACUAAUGGUAAACAUUUUUAUUCUGGGAUUCGGUCAUUGGAAUUUAUAUUAAAAGACAAGUUAUUAAAAAGGAAAGGUUCGUUCAUAAUCAAGGUAAAGAAUAUGAAAACCUUAGGCGUAAUCCAUGGUGGAUAGGCAUUAUGGUUUCCACUUUGGCAGGAGGCAGACUAUUCACAGACCUAUUUACUUACAUGGGCUAAAAAACUAUGUAACUAAAUACCUAAUGGUAUUUUAUUUUUGUUUACUGAAUUUAAGAGAUUGGUGUUAGUUUUCAUAGCUGUAGUCCAUUCUAAUAAUUUCUGAUCUUCUAGUGGCUACUUAGACAUUAUUUGAAGCUGUCUGAAGAAUGCACUUUAUGAAUUAAAAAACUCUGAAUUGCCUGACCUCAUUAUCACAUGGGCUUAUAUUUUGGGAACACAUGGAACUGAUGUAGGCUUUUCCUAAGACCAAGGAUAAUGUACUAGUUGAUAAAAUGGAAAUAAAAGUGAAUUGGUAAAUAGCUUA